ACACGAAGUGUCACGGACCGUUGGACAUCGCGCUUGACGUUCACCUGUCAAAAAGGGCGCGAUGGUCCGGUAGUCUCGGUACGCGUCGAUAAUCGCUUCUUUGCGCGAUCCCGAAGACGCGUUCGGACGUUCUCCAGAUCGCGACGAUCGACGAGUUUCCCGCCACGAGUUUCCGGACACGUAUGCACCAUUCGAAGGUGCAUUCGCUGUCCGUUUCAAGGUUUGAAAAAUACUACGUAAGCAAGCAAGAGUGUUUUCCUUCUUUUUUCUUCUUGUUUCGGGUCAAGGAAGAACGAUGGAACGGGAAAAUUGCCGAUUUCGCAUCCGAGGGAAAUUUGCACGGGGAAUCGAUCGACCGAUCGACUGACGUGGUACGUCGAGAGUGGACGCGCGGAUGAAAAUCCGGCCACAUCGGCGGAUAGUUUCGCCAAGUUUCGCGCUAGUGGCCUGUGGAGGGUGGAGGUCGCAAAGCAACGCGAUCUCGAAAACUUUUUUCGUGUCGUCUUGCGCGAAAAUCGGCGGUAAAAUUCUGACAGGAUGGUCUUGUUUACGAUAAUCGCGAGAGUAUCGGAUGGCCUGCCGCUGGCAGCCACUAUGCAGGAUAACGAACAGGAUGGUAAAAAUAUCGUAGAGUACCAGAAUCAAGCGAAGAUGUUGUUUAGAAAACUAGGCCCACAGUCUCCGGCAAGAUGUACCCUAGAAACUGGACCAUAUCUUUUCCACUAUUUAAUCGAAAAUGAAGUAUGUUAUCUAGUAUUAUGCGAAAGAAAUUACAGUACACGUAUAGCAUACAAUUAUCUGGAAGAUAUUGCGCAGGAAUUUCAUGUUCAGUAUGGCAAACGUGUAAAUACAGUAACUAGGCCUUAUACCUUCAUUGAAUUUGAUACAUAUAUCCAGAAAGCCAAAAAGAUCUUCUCAGACAGUAGAUCACGUAGAAAUUUGAAUACCCUUAACAGUCAGUUACAAGAUGUGCAAAGAAUUAUGGUACAAAAUAUUGAUGAUGUUUUACAGAGGGGUACUGUACUUUCAGAGUUGGACACAAAGACGCAAAAUCUAUCUAUGCUAUCGCAGAAGUAUAAAAAAGACGCGAGACAUCUAAAUAGCAAAUCGAUGUAUGUGAAAGUUGUUGCUGGCCUUGUUGCAUUUUUGGUCUUCCUGUUAUAUUUCUUUAUUCUCUAGUUAAACAAUAAAAAAGGCAAAAGGGUUACUUAUCAAAGAUA